AUGGGUUCUCAGGUUGACGACAGAGAUUUCACGACUUUGCUGUCUGAGCUCACGCUUGAGGAGAAGAUCACUCUCCUCUCUGGCCGUGACUUUUCCACGGCAGCAGGCGUCGCUCGCUUGAACAUUCCUCCCAUCAGAGUAGCAGAUUCAAUCGCCGGCGUGCGCCCCUCAGGGAUCACAGCCGACCUCACGACAGCGUGCUUCCCCAACACAGCCUGCCUUGGAUCGACAUGGGACGCCGAGCUCCUCGGCCGCCUGGGCGAGCGCCUCGCUCACCAGGGCCGUGAGAAGAGCGCUCAGGUCGUCCUGGGCCCGACGAUCAACAUCCACCGAGACCCCCGCGCGGGACGCAACUUUGAGUGCUUCAGCGAGGACCCGUUGCUGUCUGGACAGUUGGCGGGUGCCAUCGUCAACGGUAUUCAGAGCCAGGGUCUCGGGGCCUGCCCCAAGCACUUUGUUUGCAACGAUUCGGAGACGCUGAGACACUUUUACGAUGUUGACGCGUCGCCCGAUAGCCGACCGCUGAGGGAGAUUUACAUUGCUGCUUGGCAGCACUUGUUGCGGACUUCAAACCCUACUGGUGUCAUGACUGCGUACAACAAAGUCGACGGCACAUUCUGCAGCGAACACGGUCCCCUCAUCGAAGGCGUCUUGAGAAAGGAGUGGGGUUUCGAGGGUAUUGUCAUGUCCGACUGGUUCGCCGUACACAACGUGGUCGAGCCCGUCAAGGCCGGUCUCGACCUCGAGAUGCCUUUCCCUGUAUUCAGAGGCAAGAGACUCGCCGAGGCCGUACGAUCGGGCCAAAUAACCGAGGCGGAGAUCGAUGCCAGGGCGCUCAAGAUGCUGGAGCUGCGAAACCGCACGCGGACCAGCUUCAGCGACGAGCCUGAAAGAUCCGAGAUUAACGAGGAGACGAACAAGAUCUCCAGGGAGCUCGCGGCGAGUGGCAUCAUCCUGCUCAAAAACGAUAACCAGGCCCUGCCCAUCAACCCCGCAGACAAGCCCAAGGUUGCCCUCAUUGGCGAGUUUGCUGGAUCUCCCGUUGUGACUGGCGGUGGAAGCGCGUCUUGCACGCCCCAGUACCGCCACUCGCCGUUCAAGGUCUUGAAGGAGGCCUUCUCUGGGGAAGAGAGCGUUCGCUACCACGCCGGUGUUCGCACACGCAGAGUCAUUCCCGUUGCUCCCACUGCGCAGCUCACAGCACAAGACGGACGCAACGGCGUCGACGUGAAGUACUACAACGACGACACCCCGGAGCCGAUCCUCACCGAGUUCCAGGAGAAGGCCAACGUCUGGAUGCUGGGCGAGUUCAAGGCCGGACUUAAGGUCCCUGGCUCUCGCUUCGAGCUUCUUACCAAGCUGACGCCCCAGACGACUGGCGAACACACUCUCGCGGUGCAGGCCACCGGAGAUUUCUCCCUUGUCGUUGACGGCAAGGAGAUUCUGUCUGGUCCUCAAAAGAAGAUUGCCACGGAGCAGUUCAUUUUCAACCACGUCAAGCUCGAGACGCGCGUGCAGCUGCAGAUGAACGCUGGUCAGGCUUACGACGUCAAGCUCGUCAACAAGUCCUGGGAUCACCUGGUCAAGGGCGAGCCCACUCCCUACGCGGCAUCAAUCGGCUUCGAGGAGCACCGCUCCGACGAGGCUGCCAUUGCCGAGGCUGUGGAACUCGCCAAGGCCUCAGAUGUGAGCAUCAUCUACGCCGGCCGCAACGAGCAAUACGAGUCGGAAGGCUACGAUCUGGAAGACAUCCGCAUUCCGGAAAACCAAGCGGCGUUGAUCAAGGCCGUCGCUGCCGUAUCAAAGAAGACCGUCCUGGUGCUGCACUGCGGCAACCCCAUCGACAUCAGCGCUGUCGUGGACGACGUUGACGCGGUGCUCAACGCCCACUUCCCCGGCCAGGAGGGCGCGCAGGCGACAGCGGAUAUCCUCACCGGCGCAACAAACCCCAGCGGACGCCUCGCGACGACGUGGUUCAAGUCGCUCGAGGAUGCCCCCACCUAUGGUGAUUUCCCCGCUACCAAGCAGGAGGACGGCACCCACAAGUUCCGUUAUGCUGAGGGAAUGGGCAUGGGAUACCGUCACGCUGAGGCGGCGAAGCGCUCCCGCUUCCCCUUUGGGUACGGCCUUUCAUACACCACCUUCAAGUACUCUGACCUCACGACGAGUGUGGCUGGGGCAGACAAGGACGCGAAGCUCAAGGUGUCUGUCAAGGUGACCAACUCGGGAAACCGCGCCGGAAAGGAGGUCGUACAGCUCUACGUUAACCCGGCAAAGGAGACGCCGGCCGCCGUCUGGCGACCGGAGCGCGAACUCAAGGCCUUCAAGAAGGUUCUCAUACAAUCUGGAGAAUCGGCAGUGGUGGAGCUUGAGGUCGACGCCAAGAUCGCGUGCAGCUACUGGGAUGAGGCGGAGAAGGCUUGGAGGCUGGAACGGGGGACAUAUGGCGUCCGGGUCGGAGAUCUCCAGGGUGAGUUCUCGAUCAGCGAGGGAACGACCUGGGGUGGGCUGUAA